AUGCCAUCUCCUUUUCAAAAUAUCUUGACUGCUUCUUUAAUCAAUUCUUCAACUCGUCUGGAGAUCCGAGAUCCGUAUUCAAUUCAUGUUUUAUUACUAUGGGAGAUAACAAAGUUAUUUGAUUUUGCUUUAUGGUUAUCGCGUGAUCUUGCUAGAGAUUUAGAGAAGAAUCGGAUAUUCAAAGAAGAUCCUCAACCAGAUUAUAAUCGAAUGCACGAGCUUGCAAGGCAUGCCAUCCAUACAUCCGAAAUGUUAGAAAUAACACUUGAAACGUUGAUGGCCAUCAUUCGAGAGCACGAUCUUUUCUUCGACGACAAUACCACACUACCGAAGUCUAUCAGAACGAUAUCUAGACAAACAAUGAGAGAUCUACAAUUCCAGAACACCAUUAUCAAAUCUCUUCAUUCAAGAUCAAAGGCUCUUGAGGACAGACUUCGUAAUGAGAUCAAUUUGGCCUUUAAUAUUGUAGCUCAAUAUGAUAGUCGUAUCUCCGUGCGUCUUUCGAAAGCAAUGCAGAUGGAUAGUUUCUCUAUGAGAACCAUUGCAAUCUUAGGACUUCUCUUCCUACCCGGAACAUUUAUCUGUGUUAGCAAUAUUCAGUACUAG